AUGGCUGAGUCCAGAAGGAAUAAGACGACUUUCUCUCUGAUACUGAUGCUUCAGUUCACAGCAGUGACUGGAGAACAUUUACUCCUCAUCGUCAGGGAUGGAGUCAACGUCACUUUACCUUCAGGACAUGCGGUGGAUGAUGGGAGCAGAUGUGUUGGUAUUGACUGGUUCUGGAGAAGUAAGAAAAAACAAGCAGAUCUGGUGAGAAACGGGCAGAUUCUCCCGGAUCCUCCAUACUCAGACAGACUGGGUCUGGCAGAGAACUGUUCUCUGGUUCUAAAGACAGUCACAGAGGCAGAUGUUGGUGUUUACUACUCUCAACUGAACAGUUCAAGACAAGAAAAUCAAGUGGAACUCUCCAUGCUUCAGAUGACCAAACAUGAAGAUGGCGAUCAGGUGGUCCUCAACUGCUCAGUGUCAGCGUUUCACCAGUGUCACCACAAAGUGAGGUGGAUUUAUGAGGGCACAGAUAAAAGGGAAACUAAGACGUCACAGACUGAAGUGUGUGUGGAUUCUGUGUCGAUUCCCUCAGAGAAACUCGGUUUGCUCAAAUGUGAAGUGACGGAUGGUUACAAACAUGUAAAACAUCUGUUCAGAUUCAGCCCCCAGCCCUUCACUGGUAAACACGAGUUUCAGCAGGAGAAUGCUACAACAUCGCCACCACCAGCACCGCCAUCAACAACCAAGAAAAUCCUAAACACAAGCACCGACUCAGAAAAGCCUGAUGUGAAAGGUUGGCUCAGGUUUACCAUCGUGUCUGUAGGAUUGACAGUUCUCAUAAUAACUGUUGUGACGGUCAACAUACAGACCAGAACCAAAGGGAACCAAACACAGACGGAUAACAAUGCUGAACAAAAUGGAGAUGAAGAUGAAGCUUCAGUCAUCUAUGAAAACUUAAGAGGCCCUGACGCUUCUGUCAGAAUCCAGAGAAGAUCAGGAGCACUAUCAUCCUAACCCUCUGAGCUCUCAGCUUGUUUUUUGUAACUAUUAUGUCUCGCCUGGACUUUUUCUCUUAAAAAGCUUGUCAAACAUCAACCCUGCGGUGCACAGUCAAGCUCUAAACAGCCUUUUUUUCAGGACAACAUAGGCUUUAAGGAUAUGUGAGCUGCAGUAAUAUCACCAGAAUUUUCAAAGAAAGGAAAAGUUAAACAAUGUUAAAUCUGUGGCUGUAUUACAUUGUUGUAUUGUACUGCUGUUCUGCUUUGUGUUCUUCUUUUGUGUCUGAGUGAGUGCUCUGUUGGUGUGUGAAUCUUUGUUUUUUUCCUAGGUCGUGGUAGGUGAUUGGUCAUCGGCAUUCUUACGGCCACAUCUGUACUCCCUCUACUGAGGUGUGACUAACCUUGCAAAGCAGAUGGAUACGCCCCUUUCCUUGUUUCUUACUGGCGAAUCCAUCUUGCAGGUCGAACUAAGGCAGAACUUUAAACUCUGCUUUAGUUGCUCUUAUUUGUCAUUAAUGUAAUCAGCACCCGCAGGCCCUCUCGGUCACAAUUUGCCUCACCUUUUUGAUUUGUAGAUAUUUUUUUUUACUUCG